AUGGUUAAGUAUUGCACAUGCCCCGGGGCCCCUUCUGCCGAUAUACAGCUGUUUCAAAUGGGCUUAUUUCCAGCAUCAUUCUUGGAACCAAAGACAGCAUUCUCGUUUGAUGUCUUGGAUGACUUUUUGCUCGAUAACCUGAACGGGACAUCAGCGAUGAAUUAUUACAGCAAGUUAAGAAGGAUGACCACAAGGGUCUUCCCUCACUUAGUGCCGGAUCGGUACCGAGAGCUGAUGAGGGUGACGAGACAAUGGUGGAAGUUGAAGCUACUGAAAUGGAAUGGCUUUGGCCAUGAGGACAAAAAGGUCACACCUGGCGAUCUUGCUCUGUUCUGUCCAGCGUGUCCCCAGCCAGGCAUCAAUGUCACAUUGCCCACAGGAGAUGACGCCGAGGGCCUAAAUGGGUCAGACUUGCAGAUGCCGAGGUGGCUUUAUUCAAGAUCUUUAGUCAUGGACGGAAACUUCAAAGCGGAGCAUCUCCAUGCUGCAAAUCUGUCUGAUGAAGUCUCACUCAUGGACGGCCGUGGCUUCAUGGUCGGCGACCGCAUAUACAAGGAGCACCUGUCCCUUGCCAAAGAAGCCGGAAUCCGCCAUGCAUUGACAUUUUAUGAUGUCAACUGUCAGUACCACAAGCAUCUGAAGGACCGAAUCGCCGAAAGUCCUAUCCUGCAGAUCCAUCAAGAGCCGGAGAUCAUUCCUGGUAUUGGUCUAUUGCAUGUACAUGGCCAUCAAGAUAGCUGCUAUGUCAGAUAUGCUUCCAAUUUCAUUGAGGGCGCAGCUUGA